AUGGCACUGAUUAAUGCAAGCCACACUGAAGAGUUCAUUCUACUCGGCUUUGCUAACCAUCCAUGGGUACAGCUUCCUCUCUUCAUUGUUCUCCUCAUAACGUACCCCAUGGCCCUGCUGGGAAACAUCGUCAUCAUUCUGGUGUUCAAGUUAGACCCCCGUCUCCACAGCCCCAUGUAUUUCUUCCUCACCAACCUCUCCUUUCUGGACAUGUGUUACACCACAAGCAUUGUCCCUCAGAUGCUGUUUAACCUGGGAAGCUCCAAGAAGACCAUCAGCUACUUGGGGUGCGUAAUUCAACUUUACAUCUUCAGCACAAUGGGGGCAACAGAGUGUCUGCUCUUGGCACUUAUGUCCUUUGAUCGCUAUGUGGCCAUCUGCAGACCUCUGCACUACCCGCUCAUCAUGAAUCAAUACAUUUGCCACUUACUCGUAUUUACUGUGUGGCUGGGUGGAAUCACCUAUGCUGUCUCAGAGGCCACUCUUACAUUGCAGCUGCCUCUGUGUGGAGUCAAUACACUGAAUCACUUGCUGUGUGAGAUUCCAGUUCUGAUAAAGACUGCCUGUGGGGAAAAGCUGGUUAAUGAGCUCACACUCUCUGUGGUGUGCAUUUUCUUAUUAGCUGUUCCUCUAUGUUUAAUUUUUGCUUCUUAUGCUCAUAUUGGGCAUGCUGUAUUUAAGAUAAAAUCUUCUGAGGGAAGAAAAAAGGCUCUUGGGACAUGUUCCUCACAUCUCAUUGUAGUUUUCUUAUUUUAUGGCCCAGCCAUUAGCAUGUACCUUCAGCCCCCUUCUUCCAUCUCAAGGGACCAGCCCAAGUUCAUGGCUCUCUUCUAUGGAGUGGUGACUCCUACACUCAACCCUUUUAUCUACACACUAAGAAAUAAAGAUGUAAAGGGGGCUUUGAGGAACCUGAUGAGGAGCAUUUUCUGUUCCAAGUGA